AGCGGAAGUGGCCGCAGAGAAGCUGUUUUUACUCGUCAUUUCGGGUCGAAUUUCUCGGUUUUGGCCCGUCAUUCGGUUGGUUUGUUUUGAAGGCUGUCCUGACGGAGUUUUUUAGGAUGUUAGUCGGAUACAGCAGCAGCUCUGAUGAGGAGGAGGACGGGGAAGAAAACGGAAGAGAUGCGGCGAAAACACGACGCCGAACCCGAAAAAGUUCCCGAAAUUCUGUGGAGGAAGAUCGCAUAAAUAGCGAUGAUUUCCCAGCGAAGAAAAAAAGUAAAAUAGCAGAUAUGAUUCCCAGAACAAGACUGCCUCUCCCUGGAAGCCUCCUGGACAUGUUUCCUGAUGAAGAUAAUCCUCAGACUGAAGACAGUUCCCUUCAUGGUGGACGUGUCCGCUCCUUCAAGCACGAGAGAGGAAACUGGUCCACUUAUGUUUAUUUUCCUUACCAUCCCGAGGAGGAGUUUCAGGAUCUGUUGGAGGCGCUGCUGUCGGCAGCGGGGUCUCAGGGUCUGGUUCUGACCCCACAGGAAGAGUUCCACCUCAGUCUGUCUCAGACAGUGGUGCUCAGACACCACUGGAUCCAGCCAUUUACACAAAGUCUCAGGACAGACUUGGCCCACUGCAAAAGGUUCUUCUGCUCAGCAGAGAGACUGAAGAUCUACUGUAAUGCCGAGAAGACGAGGACGUUCUUGGGGAUAGAAGUGUCCUCGGGGCACACUCAGCUGUUGGAUCUGGUUCAAGUUGUCGACAAAACAAUGAUAGAGUUUCAGCUGGAAACGUUCUAUGAGGAUCCAUCCUUCCACGUGAGUUUGGCCUGGUGUGUUGGAGACCUGACAGAGAAGCUGAAGGAGAUCUUAGAGGAGCUACAGAGUCUCGUAUACGGCCGUGAAGAUGGGCCUCUUCCGUUGGUCUUGGACUGUGCAGAAGUUCGCUGCAGGACGGGAAACAAGACUUUUCGCUUCUCUCUGGAAGAUAAAACAUGACCUAAACUGUUCAGUGGGUUUGACAGAGGACUCACCGAACGCUCAGGACGACAGGAAUCUCCUUUAAC